GAAGGACACCUGGCUGGCCUGACACUGCACAUGUGCGACCCGGGGGUGACAGAAAGGAGAUUGCCCUAAACAAAGAUGGCCGCACUGUACACGGAAAGUGUCAUCUUUUCAUUUCAUUGAUGAGCGCGAAGCUUCUACGUACGACUGCUGUGGUGAAAGAAAGUUCACGGAAGAGCUGUGAGGGGAUCCGCUGUGUGAGGCCUGUGUGAGAUAUACGGCCACAUGGAGGAAGAUACUGAUGCCCCCCCUGAGAGGGACACAAAGGAUUUCGUGUUCAGACAGUUGACAAAGUUGCGUAUCUUCGAACCUCCACAAGACCUUCCCAAAGAUCGCUCCGCUCUCUUGGCCAUAUCCAACAAGUAUGGGGCCCUGUUUAUUGGCAGUCCUUUUGGUCUGAAGAUUUUCUCUACCAGCGAUGUUCUGAUUCCUAUAAAAACUGGAGUGGACCCAAACAGCAUUGCUGCCAGUCCACCUGGGAUUGAUGUGCCAACAAAAUAUCCAGUGCAUCAUGUGGCCUUGAGUUCUGACAACCUCACUCUGUCUGUCUGCAUGUCCUCCAAUGACAAUGGCUGUAUAAUCUCCUUCUAUGAUACUCGUACACUACUGAACAAGGCCAGGCAACCUAAACAGGCCUUUGCAUCUCAAAGACUUUUGCAAGAUGCUGGCAGUUUUGUUUCAGACCUUAAAUGGAACCCAGUAGCUUCUAAUGUGGCUGUCUGUCUAAGUGAUGGGAGCAUCUCCGUGCUACAGGUCACAGAUACUGUAAGUCUGUAUGCCAGCCUGCCCGUAGCUACUGGGGUUACCUCAGUGUGUUGGAGCCCCAAAGGAAAGCAGCUGGCUGUCGGCAAACAGAAUGGCACAGUUGUGCAGUACCUCCCGAAUCUCCAGGAGAAGAAAGUUAUUCCCUGUCCUUCCUUUUAUGAUUCGGAUAAUCCAGUUAAAGUGCUGGAUGUUCUAUGGAUCAGCACAUACGUCUUUGCAGUGGUGUAUGCAGCUGCGGAUGGCUCUGUGGAAACCUCUCCUCAGCUUGUGAUGGUCUUGCUUCCGAAAAAGGAAGACAAACGAGGGGAGCGCUUCCUGAAUUUUACAGAGAUCUGUUACUGCAGCGUCAACAAUGAAAGGCAGCAUCAUUUCUUUAUGAAUUACAUGGAGGAUUGGGAGGUCCUUCUCGGAGCUUCUGCAGCUUCCAUAGAAGUCAGUGUAAUUGCCAAGCUACCUGACCAGAACACCUGGGAACUAUGGAUUUUGGAAGAUGCAGGCCGAGCUGAGCUACCGUUGUCUGACAACAGCGAUGACACCUUGCCUAUGGGAGUUGUACUAGAUUUUACCAGCCGGCUAGAAAUAGCAAUCAAUGAAGAGAAAGUCCUGCCUCCUUCCCCCAUACUUAUGAUACUUUCCACUGAUGGUGUCCUCUGCCCCUUUCAUGUGAUCAACUUAAAUCCAAAUGUAAAGACUCUCACCACACCCCUGGAGGAACUUCGUCUGGAGGGGGAGCGACUGCCUAGAAAUGCAUCAAGUGUUCCUUCCCAUCCCCCCCAGGGUCCUGGAGCUCCAUCUAGUACACUUUCGGCCAGCAAUCCAGCUUUUAGCAUUCCUGCAUCUAACCUUGCUUCCAAAGUUCAGCCAGCAUCCCCAGCUUUUAGUUUGCCUGUCACUACCAGCAAACCUGCCCAGGUUUUUACUCCUGCCACAGCAAGUUUUCCCAGCAAACCGCAGACCACUUCACAGGUGUUCGGCGCUCCUGCAGCAAGUUUUCCCAGCAAACCUCAGGCUGCUGCACAGGGAUUUGGUGCCAUGGUUUCAAGUCUUCCCAGCAAACCGCAGGCUAGCGUUUCACAUUUUGGUGUCACAGGCCCUGUUGGAAAACCCCAAGAAUCGACUACAGGUUUCAGCUUUUCCACAAAUUCGCCAUCUGCUUCAGUAGGAACAGCCCACCCUGGCUUUUCUGUGCCAUCAAAUCCCCAGGGUUUUUCCUUCCCUGUCCAAGGACCUCCAGCUUUUGGAACCUCCACUUCCAAGCCAGACAACGCCACUAACAUUGCACAACAAGCAACCAGCUCCAAUUUUGCAUUUUCUACUUCUAAUGUCAAAGUGAACCUUAGCGAGAAAUUCAGUGCCGUUGAUGCAGCAGCCACGAAACCUGGUUUUACUCCUCAUAGCCAGUCAUAUCCUUUAACCCCUCCUGUGAAGGCCACAGUGGCAGCUGUUCCCCAGAGUAGUAUUGGGCCUCCAUCAAUUCAGUCACCGUCCAUGAUGACUCCUAACCGCUCAUUUCCUGAUGGCCAUCCGCAACAAGCAACCCCAGUAAUGCGCCAGAAGGCUUUGAAGAUCAGCUCAUCAGAGGUGAAGCAAACACCUCCUCAGCCCCAAGCUACCAACCCUAUUAUAAAUGCAAUACAAGAAGAGAUUGCUCACUUUCAGAAAGAGAUGGAUGAAUUGAAAGCACGGACAGCAAAGGCCUGUUUCAUUGUAGGGACUGCUGCUGAGAUGAGACAUUUGAUGACCGAGUGCAAUGAUCUUGAUUGCUUUGUGCGGGAUAUCAAAGCAACCACAGAGUCACUACAUAAUGAUAAUGGGUGUCUACAAACCACCCUGCGCGAUGCAUUUACAACUGUGCAGGAUGCAAAAGAGCUGAAUGAAAAAAAAAAGAAUCCAGUAUACUGCCGUCUUCUGCAGCAGAGACCUCUGGACCCUAAGAGUGAGGCACAGAUGCAGGAAAUUCGCAGACUCAAUCAGUAUGUGGAAUAUGCUAUUCAGGAUGUCAAUAAUGUCCUUGAUUAUCGGUGGGAUCAAUAUUUGUACAACAGGAAAAAACAGAGGGGCAUUGUUGUUCCGCAGCGAGAGACGCUUUUUAACACGUUGGCUAGUCAUCAGGAAAUCAUCAGCCAGCAGAGGCAACGAUUAAACCAGCAGGUAGACAAAUUGCAGGAGCUCGGCCUGUACAACCAGACCUCUCAGUGGACUGUACAGAUGGACUCAUCCAAUGGUCAAAGACAAUUUGAAGAAGAGCUAAAAAACCUGCAAAUUGCAAUGUCGAAAACUGCUUUGGAGGCAAAACCCCAGCCCUCACCUAAAGUGCAGCCCAAGAUAUCAAAAUUAAAGCUGAACCAGCUGAGAAAUUUUCUGGCCAUCAGGAAACCACCAGUUGUUAGAUCACUUGCUCCAGUCAACCUUUGUCGGUCAUCAUUCCUGGCCCCGAGUUACUUUGAAGACUUGGAUGAUGUAAGCUCAACAUCUUCUCUUUCUGAGGCAGCAGAUAAUGAAGAGAUGCAAGCACCUCCACAACACGAGGCAUUUAAACGAGACACUCCACCACCAGAGCUAUCUGCUAUCCGAACUGCGCGCCAUGCCCAAGUGACACGUACCGCAUCUGUGCAGCCAGGCUUUGGGACACCAUCACUUCCAUUUGGAAAAUCUCAGUCUCAAAUUGGUCCAAUUACAAGCACCCCCGCCGUCCCUGCACAAGCCAUCAGAGUGAUCCCACAGGGUGCAGACAGCACAAUGUUGGCUACCAAGACUGUCAAACAUGGAGCUCCCACUGUUACGGCUUCACAAGCAGCUGCUGCAGCAGCUUUGAGAAGACAAAAUUCCUGCCAGGUGCCAGCCUCACUGACGGAAUCCACUCUGCAAACUGUACCCCAGGUGGUCAACGUUAAAGAAUUAAAGAGCAAUGGGCCUGGUCCAAAUAUUUCCACAGUGAUUGGGCCUUCUGUUCCACAGUCUGCUGCUCAGGUGGUCAACCAGGUGCUAGUGACCGUAGGAUCAGCUCCUGCUAAACAGGCUCAGUUGCAGCCACCCAGUGGAUUCAAGACCCCAUCUGCUUCAGCUCCUACCAGCAAUGUAAUUGCACAAACAGGAUCUGGGUUGGCAACCAACAAAACGGGACAAACCAGUUCAAAAUUUGAGGCCCAGUCUACAACUUCAACUGGCUUGACAUCUGGUCUCCAAGGCAACAAAGCGUUUUCUUUUUCAGGACCUAGUGGUGUGUUCCCAAUGGGUAAUGGCGCUCCAUCUUCUGCUCCGUCAUCCAGUCUAGGAAGUAUAGCUCAAGUAAAGGAUGCUAGCCUGCCAACCCCUUUUAUCAACAACAAUGGAAACAAGUUCCAGUUUGGCCUUGGAACAGAAUCAAACUUUGCUUUUGGCCCUCCUAAGCCAGCCACUGGUAUCUCCACUGCCAACCCCUCAGAUUCUACAAGUGCUAAAUCAACAUCUGCCCAAGCACCUCCACUUACUACAUCACUAUCCACUGGUGUAGGCAUGGCAGCUGCACAGACCUUCACUGGAGGAGAGACUUUGGGCAGUUUUUCAGGACUGAGGGUUGGUCAAGCUGAAGAAGUACCCAAGACAGAGCCUCCUAAAGUCACUCCAUCAAUACAGCCAGUAAAAAUUUCUGGUGGUUCUACCUUGACAGGCAUUGGAGGAUUUCAGCCUUCAAAACCGGUAGAACCAGCUUCAUCAAUAAGCAGCUCUUCAACCAUGUUUGGUAAUAUGAAAUUAUCAAACCCCGGGAUAGCUGGUGGGUUUAAUUCUACUAGCAUUAAGCAGAACUUCUCAUUUACAACACCAGCCACCACAACUUCUGAAACUGAAGUUUCGUCCACAACACAAGUUGCAUCAUCUCUGCCUUUUGGUGGUUUUAUAGCUCCUUCAACAUCACUUCAGACUCCUACAACAACAGUUUCGGCUUCAUUGCCUACACCUGUACCCAGCUCCACACCUGUGGAGGCCACACAACCAGCACCUGAAAAACCACCGAAUGAGCCUGUAGUACUCCCUCCCCAGCUGCAAGCAUUACUUGCUUCCGUAACAGAGAGUAGUAAGGAGCCUGCUUCUGCCCCAACAUUUUCAACGGCUGAAAGAACAAUGGCCACAGUUCCUGCUGUCAUACCUACAGUUGCUAAGACAACUACACCCGUUUCCGGUUUUUCAACCACAGCGAGCGCCAAUCUUAAUGUCCCCAUCACUUCCACACCUACAUCAAUUACUCAUCUGUCUCCUCCUGCAGCCACCACCUCUGAGGGACCUCCUUCUAAUACUCCAGUGUUGGUUACAUCAGCUCCUACAUUGGGUCCAACCAGCACACCGGUCACGUCUGCAUCUCCAGGGUCUACUGCAACAGCCUCUUUUGGCCAGCCACCAGUAGCAACUGCACCUACUACAACAGCUGGUUCUCUCUUUGGCCAGGCACCAGCACCUAAUACAGGUACUCUGUUUGGUCAGCCAAGCAAUACAUCUACCACCACAUCUGGGAUUACUACUUCUGGCUUUGGCACAUCAGGUUUUGGAUCAGCAGAUGGUGGUGGAGGCUUUGGACAGCCUACAUUUGGUCAAACGGCAUCGCUUUGGAAAGCCCCAGCUAACUCUUCUAGCAACUUCUCCUUUGCACCAUCAGCCUUUGGAUCACAACCAGCCUUUGGACAGGCUCCUGCUUCAACUGCUGCAACCAGUAGUGGUGGUAGCCUGUUUGGAGGGACUGCAAACACAAGCAGUGCAGGUUCAUUCUCAUUUGCGCAACCGCCAAGCAGCAACAAUGCAUCCACUUCUGGAGGAGGCCUAUUUGGACAGAGCAGCACCCCAGUUUUUGGCCAGGGCUCCACAUUUGGGCAAAGUGCUCCUGUUUUCGGCAGUGCAAGCUCAUCUACAACAACAACAACAACGUCAUCUUCUGCAUUCAGCUUUGCGCAACCAUCAGCAUUUGGCUCCAAUUCCACUGGAUCUGUAUUUGGCCCAUCGCAAAGUGGCAACAACGCAGGUGUCUUUGGACAGGCGCCUGCCACCGGUGGGGGGCUUUUUGGCACAAGCGGCAAUAGUACGGGUGGUGGUUUCUUUAGCGGUCUUGGUGGUAAACCCAGCCAGGAAGCUGCCAACAAGAACCCAUUUGGAUCAGCCAACACCAACACUAACACCAACACCAACACUGGUUUUGGGUCUCCCAGCUCUGCAAAUACAAACAGUCUCUUUGGCAACAGCGGGGCAAAGAGUUUUGGAUUUGGCAACACAUCAUUUGGAGAGCAAAAAACAACCGGGACAUUCAGCGCUGGUGGCAGCGUGGCUACACAAGGAUUUGGCUUUUCCAGCCCCACCAAGACAGGUGGGUUCGGCGCUGCUCCAGUGUUCGGCAGCCCUCCAACAUUUGGGGGAUCCCCUGGAUUCGGAGGGACGCCAGCAUUUGGUUCAGCCCCAAAUUUUUCAAGCCCGCUGGGCUCAAAUGGCGGCAAAGUGUUCGGUGAAGGUACAGCUGCAGCUAACACAGGAGGAUUUGGGUUUGGAAGCAACGCUCCAGCUGCCACAUUUGGCAACCUAGCCAGCCAGAGCGCCCCAACUUUUGGGAGUCUGUCCCAGCAAGGACCUGGAUUUGGUGCACAGAAUAGUGGAUUUUCUGGAUUUGGUUCUGGUACUAGUGGAGCAGCCCCAGCAAGCAGUGGAGGUUUUGCAUUUGGAGCAUCAAACCAGUCUACAUCCACAUUUGGGGGUGGCUGGAGAGGCUGAAUAGAUGGAGCCAGAAAGAAAGAUCCAGACUACAAAACAUUUUACAUCAAAUUCAGAUGAUCAUGAUCUCGAGAGAACAGCGUCUUUGUUGUGUUUUUUGUUACUUUUGUUCCUGAGAAAAUUUUACUUUAUUUAGAUUUUUUCCAAAAUAAAGUUUCUCAUUAAUACAUGAAUAAAAGUAAACUGCAUGAAAAGUACAAUAUAUAUUAAGAAGCUAGAAGAAGCGAUGUCUGUCAAGAAAGCAAGUGGGAGAAAAAACAUGGGCAAUAAUCCCACCCCAGGGAGGAUCACUACCAUGCUAAUUUCAACAUUUAAGAUGCUCAUAAAGAUCUUGUAGGUCGUCUGUUAGAAUCUUUGCUUGUUUCUGUCUUCUAAAGUGCAUCUUCCUCUUUUUUUUUGGGCUGCUUGGUAUGUUGAUGCCCUAUGAAUAGGAUUUGGAAAACAGUCAAGAUCUACAUUUAAGUCCCAAAUCGGUAUUGGUAACCCUUAUGAUUCUAUGCUGUAAAGCUUUCAAACAUUUCUGAGCGGCACAAACCAAAAAUGCUAUUUAAUUAUCUUUUUUAAUAUCCAAAGCCAACCCCCAUCUAUGUUUCAUGCUUUAUUUUGCUGAGAAAGCACCUCCCAGCAUUUUUGUCCGUCGCCUUCUUGAGUAAGGGCACAUUUUUCAUGUAGCAUUUACUUCCUGGUAUCCAUCUGCCCUUAUCUCAGACUUGUAGGGUGUGCUUAGCUAAGAAAACCCCCUCCUAGGAUCUAUGACAUCAUUUCCUAGGCCUAGAAGCCAGGAAGUAACUGAAGAAAUGUACAACAAAGUUUAAAACAAGUAAAUAUGAUGUACUUUAUGAUCUAUUUACCAAUGCUAGCGAAAUAAGGAUUAGAAAUAAUGUUGAUUCCGAGUGAAGUUUCACUUUAAUGUAAUUGUGUACUUUAUAUUCUUAAAGUGAAAUGUUUUUUGGUCACAUUUAUUUUAAACAUCGCUAAACUGAAGUUUUAUAUCUGUUUAAUUUAUUUGUAUAAAUUCUUUUCUAUACAAAUAAAAGUUUACAACAUUGUAUA